CGCUAUGGGCGCAAGAGUCCACACCGGUAUGGUGCAGGCGAUCACUGGCGAUGGCGUAACAAUAUCGUUGGGACACGCUUGUGCAUACGAAAUCGGUCCAUGAGCUUCCUGGCUCGUUUGGACCAAUCUACGAGCAUGAACUUGUAACAUCAAUCAUACGAAAUUGUAAUUGUCCCAACGAUAUCGUAAAGACUCAAACAUGACGUUUAUGAAGAAGCACUUGUCCACGGCCUUGAGGAGCUGGAUUAUUGGGCCGCUGGCUCAAGAGUUUAGUGGGCUCUUGGAUAGCAAGCUGGGGCUCCUUGAUAGCAAGCUGGAGUCGUCGCGCAGCGACGUUUCGGGCCAGCUCACCAAGUUCGGCGGCGAGCUCACCAAGUUCGGCGGCGAGCUCUCGAGCGUUCGGAAGAAUGUCGCACGGCUGGUCACGCAGCAGGGCCACUUGUUGGAGUUCGCUGCCAAAGAUGUCCUGCAGGGGCAGUUCGCUGGUGCAGUGCGGCAGUGCUGACACUGCGGCAGUGCUGACGCUAGGUGGUGACCCGCUACUGCCCACCGCCAUGCUCCUGGCAUACGCGCUCCUCUUCAAGGACGUGGGCUUUUGGCACCUGCUCCUGCAAUCGGUCAAGAAGGUGUUGGAGCUGGCUGGCGGCCAGGCUCCCACCAGCUCAGUGGCGGCGGCUGCCAAGGGGCUACAGGAGAUGGGCGCCGAGAGGUUCGUCCAGGCCAUGGCUACGGCUGCAGCUACCUCAGUGGCGGCGGCGGUUGGGUCGUCACACGGGCAGCAAUGCACCAGCAGCAUUGCUGUUCAGGCGCCCCAGAUGCGGCUGCAUGAGGCGUACCUCCUCAAGGUGGUGCAGCUGCUGCAUCAGAGCGGCCAGGGCUGCAUGCUGUUUGCGGAUGAGCUGGAGCUGUACCUGCGCGCGGAGGGCUCGGCAGCAGGCGCGCGCGUCAACCUGCUGCUAGGUCGCACCGUGCCGUUCCUGACCGCGGUGGCCACCGGUGUGGCCGUGCCUGAGCUGGAGCUGGAUCGCUGCAGCAGCUUGUCGCUCAGAAGCUGGGCGCCGGUGCUGCCGGCUGAGCUGCAGCUCGCGGAGCUGAAGCUGUCCAGCAGCGGUGCCAGCCGCGCUGCUGGGGCGUCUUCAUGCGCCGGUGUCACGCCCCAGCGGGGAACCCAGCAUGGCGUGUCACUGUGCUGUGUUUAGCUGUGCCGAUGCGCGUACGGCAGACGGAGGGGCAAGACCCGGGGUGCCGCAAGGGGCUGUGAAGGGAGUUGCCGGUCGUGCCAGUCACGUGUGUCGUGUGUUGUGUUCGUAGAACCGGGUGGCUGAGCCGUUGACUGGGCUCAGGCCGCCGCGUUUCCCAGUGUAUCGUGUGUAUGCUAUGUUGCAUUAGCCUCGUGUGUUUGGGCGCCAGUCGUUAGCGGCCAGGCUUGACGGGUGGGCGGUGGCUGAACUGGCCCGCGUCCCAUGCGGAGAUAGCGAGGUUAGCGCGUGAGAGAGCUCAAGCAAGCUUGUCUUUGCUUGAGCUACUUGAACGACAGUCAUUUAGCGAUUUCAGACCCAAAGACCCGUCAAAGCAGUCACGUCACAGACUGCCGAAUAAUUGUAAUAUAAUAGACGG